AUGGAGAAAAAUUCUUGGGCCGAUCAGUGGGACAGCAGUCAACCGUCGGGAAACAAGACCGACGGCGGUAAAAACGGCGGUACAUCAUCGUCGGCGAAGUAUAAGGAGAAGGUGGGAGCUGGAUUGGGGAAGACGAAAGCGGCGGCGAGUUCGGGGUUGAAAAAGAAAAUCGGCAAAGAUAUCGACAACGAAAAAAGAAAGUCCAACGAUCGAUUGAUUGAUUUAGUAGCUUCACCUCCUCUAGUAGCAGAGAGAGAGAGUAUGGCGAUUACGGUGCCGAGACGGCAACUCUUCAUCGGCGGUCAAUGGACAGAGCCCGUCCGCCGUAAAACUCUCCCUGUUGUCAAUCCCGCUACCGAAGACAUCAUCGGCUAUAUUCCAGCUGCAACUUCUGAAGAUGUGGAGCUGGCGGUGGAAGCUGCUAGGAAAGCUCUUACUAGGAACAAAGGAAAAGAUUGGGCUAAAGCAUCUGGAGCUGUUCGUGCCAAAUACUUACGUGCUAUUGCAGCUAAGGUAACAGAGAGAAAGUCUGAACUAGCUAAUCUUGAGGCUAUUGAUUGUGGUAAACCUCUAGAGGAAGCAGCAUGGGACAUGGAUGAUGUUGCUGGAUGUUUUGAAUAUUAUGCUGACCUUGCUGAAGGCUUAGAUGCAAAGCAGAAGGCUCCUCUUUCUCUUCCGUUAGAUACUUUUAAGGGCUACGUUCUCAAGGAACCCAUUGGCGUAGUUGGGCUGAUUACUCCAUGGAAUUAUCCGUUACUAAUGGCUGUCUGGAAAGUUGCUCCUUCGCUUGCUGCUGGGUGCACAGCAAUACUGAAACCUUCAGAGUUGGCCUCCGUGACAUGUUUGGAGCUUGCUGAUAUUUGCCGCGAGGUGGGUCUGCCACCUGGUGUUCUUAAUAUUCUGACUGGUUUAGGAACUGAAGCAGGUGCUCCACUGGCAUCACAUCCACAUGUUGACAAGGUUGUAUUCACUGGAAGCACAGCAACUGGAAUCAACAUUAUGACUUCUGCUGCCCGAUUGGUUAAACCUGUUUCCUUGGAGUUGGGGGGAAAAAGCCCUAUCGUUGUCUUUGAUGAUGUUGACAUUGACAAAGCUGUGGAAUGGACUAUGUUUGGUUGUUUCUGGACGAAUGGUCAGAUUUGCAGUGCGACAUCUCGACUUCUUGUGCAUGAACGGAUUGCUGGCGAAUUUUUGGACAAGCUGGUAAAGUGGACGAAGAACAUUAAGAUUUCAGAUCCUUUUGAAGAAGGCUGUAGGCUUGGUCCGGUUGUCAGCAAAGGACAGUACGAGAGAGUAGUGAAGUUUGUCUCAAACGCUAGGAAUGAAGGUGCAACUGUCCUUUGCGGAGGAGCUCGUCCUCAGCAUUUAAAGAAGGGAUAUUUUGUUGAACCUGCAAUAAUUUCAAAUGUGACUACUUCAAUGGAAAUCUGGAGAGAGGAAGUCUUUGGUCCUGUGCUGUGUGUCAAAACAUUCUCCACCGAGGAUGAGGCAAUUCAUCUGGCAAAUGACUCCCAGUAUGGAUUAGCCGGUGCUGUAUUAUCAAAUGAUCUGGAGAGGUGUGAUCGCGUUAGCAAGGCUUUCGAGGCUGGAAUUGUGUGGGUCAACUGCUCUCAGCCAUGCUUCAGCCAAGCUCCAUGGGGUGGAACCAAACGCAGUGGGUUUGGCCGUGAAUUAGGAGAAUGGGGACUUGAGAACUACUUGAGCGUGAAGCAGGUGACUCAGUAUAUCUCUGAUGAGCCAUGGGGAUGGUACAAACCUCCUUCCAAGCUCUGA